AUGGCUGACUCUGACUCUUCAUCCUUGUCAUCGGCGCCCAGCACCGAUGACGAGGCUAUGGAAUUGAAGAUGUCGAAGCCGACAGGACUCGACCGGUAUUUCAAACCGGCACCCAAGACCAAAGAGACCACUCCUGAGCCUCCUCGUCGCGCACCGUCCCCCCCUCACGAAUACACCUUGAUCGACAAUGAGACGAUUGCAUUCCUUGUCAUGUUCAGGAGCCGCUUUGGCGACGCGUUUCCUAAGUCGCUACCGCAUUACGGACCACAGGAUAUCGAGCGGGGUGUUGCCGGAGAACUACCUGAUGAGAGCGUCGAGAAAUAUCUAUGCGCGUUACUAGGUCUGGUCUUGAACAGAAAGAAGGAUGUCGAGAGAGGACACUACAACAGAGCGCUCGAAGAUGCAAUCUCCACGAACAAAGCCCAAUGGCCUGCUGUCUGGAAGGAAGAAAACCCUUUGCGCGGCAACAAGUCUUUCCACAAUAUGACCGCGGAAGAGCGGCUCAAUCUCUUACGCGCCCUCGUCCUGUGGUCCCUCAACCAGUCCGAAGGUGUGCAAGCGAUACUGAAAGAAUCCUACAAACAAACCCGUCGGGACGAUGACAAGAACCAACCUCGGAGCGUCCAACCCUGGUUCACAGACUCCUACCGCCGCCGUUUCUGGCUGAUCGAGGGUCAAGAAGAUUCGCACUUCCGAGUCUACCGCGAGAACGACGGUAAGACAUCCAAGACCAAUACGUGGUUCAGUGUGGCGGGUUCUAUUGAGGAUGUUGCCUCGCUUGCAGACAAAUUCGCCGAGGAGGGCACGUCAAAUGCUAGGAUGAACGCAGACAAACUCAGAGCCGCGAUCCCCCGCUUCGAGCAGGGUGAUGAGAAACGCAAGCGUCGCGACUAUCGACAGCAGCGGAAAGCCGCCUGGGCGCGACCUGCCCCUGGCUUUUCUCUCUACGAAGGUCGCACUCGUGGCAAACGUGCUAGAUACACUUUCGACGAAGAAGAUGAAUUUAUCUCCGACGGAACACGACGGUCUACGCGCAAUGCUUCACCCAUCGACGCAGGGCCUGUUGUAACUGCCAGUGGGCGGCAGGUGAAAUCGCGUGUUGGUGGUAUGUAUGGUGAGAGUUUGUCAGCCGAUCAGAGGAAGGAACACGACUACAACUCCGGAAUUGGUGAACCAGAAGGAGAGGAGAGCGAGGACGGCAUGCCCGCUUCCGCACCAACAGGCCGACCGCAUAGGGCCGCUCGGCCAGCACAGAGGUCUAACAAAGUUCCCGAGCGGACCACCAACGGCGAUGACAUGGAUACCGAUAGCGACGAACAACAGAGCGAAGGCGAAGAGUGGAGCGGCGACGAGGAUGAAGUCGAUGACGAGGAAUCCGAAGGCGAGAUGAGUGGAGAUGAUGACAUUGGCGAGGAUGAAGUGAGCGUCGAUGAAGGUGACAUGCAGAAAAGCUUGGUGGUGCAACUGCGAUAUAGACCACGGAAAACGCCGGUCCCACCAAGUAGUCGUGCAAGGACGCCAUUGGGGACUACUUCUAAUGUGGGUGUUGAGAUGCCGAUGGUAAAUGGAUUCGGAGGGCAGGAAACCCGAGCGGAAGGGCCGAGUAUUGCUGAGAACGAGCAAGUUCGAGAGCAGUCCGUCCAGAUUCCGGCUGAUCCGCAACAGCAUCUCGAGCAGCUACCCGCUCAGGAGCUGGCGCUGGAUCCACAGGCAAACGACGAACAGAACACGAGCGGCAUGCGACAAACGCAGAGUACCUCAAUUCCUGGCCAUCAGUCUGAGGGCGCACGGGUCAAUGGACUGCCACAGCCGCAGCCACAGCAGCCACGUCCAUUUCAGCCUUCGGAACUUACCAGCGAUACAACGAGACCCCAUGCCCCUGCGACCGGCUUGCCCGACCUGUUGACCAGCACCCCAAAAGCUGUGUCCGAUGCCCCCCAACAUCAGCAACAGUAUCAGCCGCAACCACAUGCUAUGGACGUGUCUUGA